CAGAACGAGAGAGACCCUGUCUCAGAAAAACAAAAACAAACGAACAGCCCCUGCCGUCCCCCAAAAAAAGACAAACAGUAUCUUACACACAGGUGACCCCUGUGAAUACAGUCUCUGAGGAGUGAUGGAAAAGGAAGGCCUGUGAGAGGUGCAGACUGCUGCCCUCUAGAACACCAGGAUGCCUAAACAGUAGAAGGCAGUUUCAUUAGCGGUAUCAGUUUGCAAACUGAGAAGAGACACUCUCUUGCAUGUACCAAAGGUGCUCUCUCUUCGUAUAGGGAAAAGGCAGGCUGGUUUUUAUGAUUCAUAGGGUCUGUAUUUUCACAAUAAUCAUACAUAUUCAGCAGGUUUGGGGGAAAAGCUAUACAUAUUUAUGAGGGGAUAUGAGUGCAUGCGCAGUGGGUAAACACAUGUAACAUACAUUCCAUGUUCACUUUGGAAUGGGGUUUUUGCGUGAAAAUGAGGUGGAAUUUGGUUCUUUGCAUCAAAAGGUGAACUAUAGGACACAAACACAGUUUGCAUGCAGUCUCUGCGAGCUUGCUGAAACUGGCUUGAGGUCUGCAGUUGCUUAUCAGGAAAGAAUGUUUGUAAGAUCUGUUCUUACAAACAGAUCUUUACUGAUCUUUGUAAGAUCAGUGUUGUAGUGGUUUGAGUUGCAAAUCCCAGUAAAAAAAGAGUCUGAUAAUUUGCCUGAUAGCUCCUAUUGCUAGGGGUUUAGUAAGAGUGUGGUUUUUCUGGUAGCAGUAGAAAUGUAAAGUUGCCAUGCCAUCUGAGCCCUGAGGUAGGCAACGUUUGUUUCCUUAACCUUAACCUUAAGGUCCAUCGGAGUUGAUAAAAGGGCAUCUGGCCAGACCUGAUGGCUCAUGCCUGUAAUCCCAGCACUUCGGGAGGGUGAGGCGGGAGGCCAGCAGUUCUGGGGCCACUGUACUCCAGCCUGAGAGACAGAGAGAGACAUUGUCUCAAAAAAUAAAUAAAUAAAUAAAUAAAUAAGAUAAAGGGGCAUUUGUCUUGAUCGCUCAGAUCACACAACUAAUAAGUAGUAUUCUUUCUAAAAGCCGCAACAAUGCUAUUCCGCUCUUCUAAGAGCUACUGUGUAACUCCUGCCCAACUCAGACCCACAGGCCCAGGCUCAGAACACUUGGCUCCAUUGCUUAACUGUUUCCUUGCCAGCACGAACCCCCAAACUCCAUCUCCCAACAUGCCGCGGGCCCCCUUUCUGUCAGCCUGACUCUUGAGCUCCUGAGAAAUGUAGUUUUUCCAGCAGCCCAGCCCCAGAAAGGGCCUAGCUGUGAACUAUAGUUCCCAUGUGGCAAUGCGCGCGCCAUUCCGGUGGAAUUCACCGCGGUCUCCAGUUUGCCGUGAUGGAUGCCAGAACCUGCCUCUGGGGCUUGGUGAAGCGGUGACUGAGAUGCUGGAGUCCCCGGUGAGAAGGACGAUGCCGAGCGCGCCGUAUUUUCUCCUGCCUGUCCUCAGACCGCCGCCGCUGUUGGGCUGUGGAGACGUCUCAACCAAAGUGGAGCCGACAGAGGCCCCGGGAGCCGUGGUGACAGCGGCGACAACCACUAGGGAGCGCGAGGCAGAGGUUCCCCUAGUCCGCCCCUAGUCCGGGACCUCUAGGCGGGCCAGGCGAGAAGCGCACGCGCAAACGCGGGGCUUCGCAGCCUCUGUAAACACCAAAGAGCGCCUGCGCAAGCCGAGAGUCUCGGGAUCGACACGUGGGGGCGCCUUAGCGAAGAUAACCGUAAUAAAUAGUAACCUAACGGUCCAGUCAUCGUUCUGUGGUCCUUUCUUUUAUGAUUCACAAGGAAUGACCCUCUUCAUCGCCUCUCCUAAUCCAGUCCUCACGACAGCCCUUUUGCAAAUGGCACAACAGGUUAGAGGAAGUCAGGCAGAGUCCCAGCAUCAUAGAGGGUAAAAGGCCAGGGAAGGAUCAGGAUUCAAGGACUGCACCCAGGCUCUGCUUCCAGCUUGCUGUGUGACUGGGUAAUUUUGUUCCCUUAGGGACCUGAGCUUUCUCAUUUGUAAAUGAGAACAGGCUGUUGGGAGGAUCAAAUGAGAUCCAGGGGUGAAAACAGCUUAGUUACUUUCGGGAAUUUACCCACGCUGUAUAUAAAGGCAAAAUAUUAUUAUAGUCAGGUGAUUGUAGAUUGAGGAACCCAUUUCCUCAUUCUGCAGAUUGCAAACCUGAGGGCCCCAAGAGGGACAGGGGCUUGCCCCAGGUCUCAGCAGGCUGUGAGCAAGAGCUAAAGCCUAAUCCUCUUGCCCUUGGGCCUGAGCCCUUCCUUGUACCCCAGGGGCCAGUGUCUUUGUUGGAUACAGGCUUAGAUUGACUAACUGUACCCUGAGAACCUAGGGGAGUCCCUGUUCCCAAUUCUUCUUCUACCCCCACCUUGGCCUGAUGGAGGAAGACCCUGCUGUGUCGAGAUGACCAUAAGAGGCAGGAAGCUGAGGAGGAUCUGGAAAAUUCUGGAGGAAGAGGAGAAUGUUGCUGGAGCUGUACAGACCCUGCUUCUCAGGACAGUAGCCCAGGUCCCAGGAAGGUGGCGUCAGCAUCUGCAACCGCGUCGACGUUGUCGGAGCCUCCGCGGAGGACCCAGGAGAGCCGGACUAGGACUAGGGCCCUGGGCCUCCCCACACUCCCUAUGGAGAAGCCGGCGGCCUCCACAGAGCCCCAAGGGCCUCGGCCGGUCCUGGGCCGUGAGAGUGUCCAGGUGCCCGAUGACCAAGACUUUCAGAGCUUCCGGUCAGAGUGUGAGGCCGAGGUGGGCUGGAACCUGACCUACAGCAAGGCUGGGGUGUCUGUCUGGGUGCAGGCUGUGGAGAUGGAUCGGACGCUGCACAAGAUCAAGUGCCGGAUGGAGUGCCGUGAUGUGCCAGCCGAGACACUCUACGACGUCCUACACGACAUUGAGUACCGCAAGAAAUGGGACAGCAACGUCAUUGAGACUUUUGACAUCGCCCGCUUGACAGUCAACGCUGAUGUGGGCUAUUACUCCUGGAGGUGUCCUAAGCCCCUGAAGAACCGUGAUGUCAUCACCCUCCGCUCCUGGCUCCCCAUGGGCGCUGAUUACAUCAUUAUGAACUACUCAGUCAAACAUCCCAAAUACCCACCUCGGAAAGACUUGGUCCGAGCUGUGUCCAUCCAGACGGGCUACCUCAUCCAGAGCACGGGGCCUAAGAGCUGCGUCAUCACUUACCUGGCCCAGGUGGACCCCAAAGGCUCCUUACCCAAGUGGGUGGUGAAUAAAUCUUCUCAGUUCCUGGCUCCCAAGGCCAUGAAGAAGAUGUACAAGGCGUGCCUCAAGUACCCCGAGUGGAAGCAGAAGCACCUGCCUCACUUCAAGCCGUGGCUGCACCCGGAGCAGAGCCCGCUGCCGAGCCUGGCGCUGUCGGAGCUGUCGGUGCAGCAUGCGGACUCACUGGAGAACAUCGACGAGAGCGCGGUGGCCGAGAGCCGAGAGGAGCGGAUGGGCGGCGCGGGCGGCGAGGGCAGCGACGACGACACCUCGCUCACCUGAGCGCCGCACCGCUUCAGGGACGGAGACAGGACCGGGCGAGCCCUGGGGCGGCGGCGGCUACUCCUGCACUUUCUCCCCUCCCCCACCUGGCGCCUCCCAGUGGCACUGGGCCGGGCCCAGGCGGGCGCUGCAGCCUGGCUGGACACAGCCCCAAUAAAUGAUCCCCAGCCUCA